AUGGACAUUGGAGGUAAGAAGGAUGACAAAGACAAUCGGAAGAAGAGGAAAGGUAAAGAAAAAGUUGAAAAAGACCUUGAUGAAGAAGAACUACCUAGGAACAAAAAAUACAUGCCCAAGACGGAGAGGAUUGACCGUUUCGCCAUCAUCGACAACGUUGAUGAUGUGGAGCUUGCAAGGCUAGUGUGGAAGCAUCCGGUGGUUGGGGUUGUGCCGGUGUGGGGUGAUUUCCAGUUAUAUAGACAAGGCAUUUACAAACCACCCAAAUCUUCAGAAAGUCGGACGUAUCCCAUCUAUCAUGCCGUUCUCAUAGUGGGAUUUGGAGUUGAUGAACAUGGAAACCAGUUUUGGAUCAUCCAAAAUAGUGCUGGUUUGACUUGGGGAGAAGGAGGAUUUGGCCGAUUGCACAGGGAACGUGGAGGGAGAAAGUCACUGUUCUCACAAGUUUAUUACGGAGAGAAGAAGGGAUAUCCAGAGAAAGACAAGUAA